AUGCUACGAUCUAAAAUUAGCAGUUGGAGGGAAUAUUUGACCCCUGUAACACACAAAUCCACGUUUUUCAGCAGCGGCGAAAUCACUCCGGAGGAGUUUACGUUGUCCGGUGACUAUCUGACACACAUGUUCCCUACAUGGCGAUGGAACGGUAAUGAGGAGUCCCUGAAGAACGCUAGUGUAAGAGAUUUCCUUCCUGAGGGGAAGCAGUUUCUUGUUACGAGAAAGGUCCCCUCUUCGGUUCGUGCGAACGCCUUCUUUGAAGCGGGUGCGAUGGGGCCAAGUGCAUUUAUAUUCGACGAAGAGGAGUUGUCGAAGUCUACUGCGGACACUGACCCUUCCCCCCUGGCAAACCCGGAAGCCUCUCAAGAUAUAGAUGAGGCUAUUGGUGAACUGGAGAUUUCUGAGAGUAUCGGAAGCAGGGAUGGUGAUGAUGACGAAAUUAUAAUAAAGAGUGAUGAGAACAAGAGGUAUUAUGAUCUGUACAUUACGUAUUCAACCUCGUACAGGGUACCCAAAAUGUACAUCGUUGGAUAUAACGCGCAGGGCUCCCCGCUAACCGCUGAUGAAAUGUUCGAAGAUAUUACAAAGGAGUACAGACACAAAACUGCCACAAUCGAGAAGCUGCCCUUUUAUAAAGGCACGGUUAUCUCGGUGUCGAUACACCCUUGUAAGCAUGCUAACGUGAUGAAGGUUCUUCUCGAAAAAAUACGCCAGGUGAAGAAGAGAGAGAGGGAUCAAACUGAACAGUCUCAACUGCAGUCCACAGAAUCGAUGGAGGACGACUGGGAGGAUUUGCAGGAUGAUAUAAAUGACACGCUGCGCGUGGAUCAAUACUUGGUGGUAUUUUUGAAAUUCAUAACCGGUAUCAUUCCUAGUAUUGAGCAUGAUUAUACGAUGGAAGGAUGGUAG